UUCCUUUUGAUAGAAUCUAUAGCAAUUGUCUAUAUAAACUCGCUUUUUAAAACCAAGAACUACCAAAGCAAACGUACGUACUUCUCAUUGUUAAUUAAACUCCAUACUACAUAAACAGAAAGAUGUCAUCCUGCCAAGAAAAUAUAUCCAUGUGCCAAGGGAAGAAAUCAUGGCCAGAACUAGUUGGAAAAGAUGGGAACAAGGCAGCAGAAAUAAUCAAAUCCGAAAACUGUUUCGUGAAGCAGACUCCCGUCCUACCAGAGGGGAGUAAGGUUACUAUGGAUUACAGGUGUGACCGUGUUCGAGUUUUUGUUGAUGCCUGUGGGAAGGUGGUCCAAACUCCCAACAUCGGUUAAGCUAAAAUAUGAUAUGGAGUAUGGGCAACGUUCAAGAAUGUACACUACUUAAUUUUAUGUUGUAGUAAAUAAAGUGUACUCGAAAUAUUGAUGUAUGUUGCUUUGUCCAUGUAUUUAUGUAACUACCAUUAGGUAGUGAUAUCAUGAAGAAUCGAUAACAUCAAUGAUAAUGUUUGUUUCUAUA